AUGGAAAAACGCGAGGCCAGCCCUGAGUCUCUGGUCGAGCCCCAGGAGAUCGAACAUCUGUAUCUUGAACUCGAAACGCCGCUGCCGACGCCAUGCAUCACUCUGCCUCCUCGCCCCGGCCAGGCCGCGCCGCCAGAGGCACCCAGCUUAAAGAAAUAUACUUCGCCGUUUCUAUGGCCGAAAUGGCGCAAGUCGAUGAUGACCUACAUUUCCUGUGCGGUGACGGCGUUAGCUGGUUAUUCGGCAGGCGAAGUGAGCCCUGCAUCGGAAGAGUUGUGCAAAGAGUGGGGAAUUAGCUCGGUUGUGUAUAACCUGAGCAUCACCAUCUUCUGCGUUGGCUUUGCCCUGGCACCCAUGGUUCUGGCACCCUUUUCGGAAAUCAAUGGACGCAGGCCAAUUUUCGUCGCAAGCGGUAUUGUCUUUGUUGCUAUGCUUAUUGCAUGUGGAGGAACACACUCAUUCGCUGGAUUGUUAGUCGCUCGUUUCUUUCAGGGUGCUGCAGGUUCUACCUUCUCGACCAUGGUUGGCGGCGUCAUCAGUGACAUCUACCACGCCCAAGAUCGCAACACUCCGAUGGCCCUCUUCUCUGGUGCCGCGCUCUUCGGUACCGGUUUGGCACCUAUGCUCGCGGGUGUAAUCGUGACCCACACUACCUGGCGAUGGAUAUACUACUCGCAUGCAAUCGUCUCGGCUGCCUUCGUUGUAAUCAUCUUCGUGUUUUUCAAAGAGACCCGUGGCAGUGUUCUGCUCAGCCGGAAGGCUCAGAAGUUAAAUAUCUACUAUGAGAAGCUUGAGGAGGCUGGCCACUACGGCGUGCUGAUGCCCAGCGAGGAUGCAUCCGACGCAAAGACUGUUCGCCGGAUUCGAUGGAAGGUCAAGAGCGAUGAGCAGCGGACGUCGCUCGCCAACAUGAUUCAGAUCUCGGUGUACCGGCCUUUCCACAUGUUGUUCACCGAGCCGGUCGUUUUCUUUUUCUCCAUCUGGGUGUCCUUCAGCUGGGCUACCCUCUACCUGCAGUUCAGCUCCGUCCCACUCGUCUUCCGCACGAAUCACCAUUUCAAUCUCGAGCAGACGGGUGCUGUAUUCACAUCCAUGUGUGUCGGCGUCCUUCUCAUCACCAUAAUCAGUAUCUCGCAAGAGAAGAUUGCCGCUCGAUUUGGUUGUGCCUCCUCAUCUGCUGAAGGACGCCUAUAUUACGUCUGCGUCGAGUCUGUUCUCCUUCCUAUCGGCCUGUUCUGGUUCGGUUGGACCUCUUACCCGUCGGUUCACUGGAUUGUGCCCUCCAUGGCUGUUGGGUGCGCGACUAUGGGCAUCUUUUCGAUUUAUCUGGCGACCUUCAACUAUCUUGCCGACACAUACCACCGAUACGCCAGUUCGGCAAUUGCGGCACAGUCUUGCUGCCGUAAUUUGCUCGGUGGCGUUUUCCCACUGGUGACAGCUGCCAUGUUUACCAACCUAGGAUACCCCGCAGCAUCCAGUCUUCUAGGUGGAAUUGGCGCCCUGCUCACCCUUGUCCCCUGGGUGUUGGCCUUCUACGGGCCUAGGAUCCGGGCGAAGAGUAAAAUGGCUAGCGAACUCGCACAUUAA